AUGGGGCGUCGCAAUUCAGUCGCUGGCAAAGCCCAGGCCCCAGUUGGAGACCCUCCCUCUGUCUCCAAGAGCCGGAUGCCUAGCGCAACUGACGAUCUCCGUCUCGAGGUCGCCCGGCUCCGCGCACGGCUCAGGGCCCAGACAGAGCAUCUUGACAAGCUGCAGCAGAGAAAGAGAGUGAUGAGGGAGCGUCUUUCGGCCAUGGUCAGCGAGUACGAAGCGACCAAGGAAGUGAAGCGAGACAUGGCCGAGAAGCUCGACAGGCUCCAGCAAGAGCGCAUCGCCGCAAACAGACGGUACAAAGAGCUUAAGAAGACUUCUGUCCGGGAAAAGGAGGCUUACGACAAGGAGCGAGAGGCGUGGGACAAGCUGGAGAGCUCGCUCAAGGCCCAGUGUCGGGAGGAUCAGACGAGGAUCAAGGGACUCCAGAAGCUGCUGAAGCCCGAUCAGCCCAGGGACCCCUCCGAGGAGACGGCCGAGACCCAAGGCGCCAACGACAGCGCAACUCCCAGACUACGACAAAUACUCCGUAUUUGGUGGCCACUAGCCCACGAGCUCUUGGAGAUAAGGACAGCAGCCUCAACCUCGUGUUAUUCAUCGACACUGGUUCAAUGGGGCUUUAAUUUCCCGUGGCCGCUAGACAUCGUAUUUUCAUAUUCUUACAUGUAA